UAAAGAUUAGACGCUGGUCUCGUUUGGAGCAUCACAACAUUGUCCUGCUGCUUUGUUCGGACAGAAAGCAUCGCAUUUCUCUUCGAUGAAGUGUGUGUGAAACCGGGAAAUGUCCACCAUGGUGUAUCCACGCGAAGAAGCCCUCGAGCGACUGAGCCAGGAUGAGAUCGUGCUCAACACGAAGGCCGUCAUGCAGGGCCUGGAGACGCUGCGCGGCGAACACGCCCAGAUCCUCAACUCGCUGCUGGACUGCACGCAGCCGCCCGUCGCCCAGGAGAAAUCUGGGCUGCUCCGCAAGAGUCUGGAGGCCAUCGAGCUGGGACUGGGAGAGGCACAGGUGAUCAUCGCCCUGUCGAGCCACCUGAGCGCCGUGGAGUCGGAGAAGCAGAAGCUGCGCGCCCAGGUGCGUCGGCUCUGCCAGGAGAACCAGUGGCUGCGGGAUGAGCUGGCGGGCACGCAGCACAAGCUGCAGCGCAGCGAGCAGAGCGUGGCCCAGCUGGAGGAGGAGAAGAAGCACCUGGAGUUCAUGAACCAGAUCAAGAAGUUCGACGACGACGUCUCGCCCUCCGACGAGAAGAGCCAGAGCGCCGGCGGAGGAGGAGGCGGGAGUGGAGGAGACGCUUCGAAGGACAGCCUGGACGACUUGUUCCCCAACGACGACGAUCAGGGACCGGCGCAGCCCAGCGGAGAGGUGGCCGCCCAGCAGGGGGGCUACGAGAUCCCGGCACGCCUCCGGACUCUGCACAACCUGGUGAUCCAGUACGCCUCUCAGGGCAGGUACGAGGUGGCCGUGCCGCUCUGCAAACAGGCCCUGGAGGACCUGGAGAAGACGUCCGGACACGACCACCCCGACGUGGCCACCAUGCUCAACAUCCUGGCCCUCGUUUACAGGGAUCAGAACAAGUACAAAGAAGCCGCUCACCUCCUGAACGACGCUCUGGCCAUCAGAGAGAAGACUCUGGGGAAGGAUCACCCAGCCGUGGCCGCCACCCUCAACAACCUGGCCGUUCUGUACGGCAAGAGGGGCAAAUACAAGGAGGCGGAACCUCUGUGCAAGAGAGCGCUGGAGAUCAGAGAGAAGGUGUUGGGCAAGUACCACCCGGAUGUGGCCAAGCAGCUGAACAACCUGGCCCUGCUGUGUCAGAACCAGGGCAAGUACGACGAGGUGGAGUACUACUACAGGCGGGCCCUGGAGAUCUACGAGUCCAAACUGGGAGCCGACGACCCCAACGUGGCCAAGACCAAAAACAACCUGGCCACGUGCUACCUGAAGCAGGGGAAGUUUAAAGACGCCGAAGCUCUGUACAAAGAGAUCCUGACCCGAGCGCACGAGAAGGAGUUUGGAUCUGUGAACAACGACAACAAACCGAUCUGGAUGCACGCCGAGGAGAGAGAGGAGAGCAAGGGGAACCGCAAAGACUCUGGUCCGUAUGUGGAGUAUGGCAGCUGGUAUAAGGCCUGUAAGGUGGACAGCCCCACAGUGAACACCACCCUGAAGAGUCUGGGAGCUUUGUACCGUCGUCAGGGCAAACUGGAGGCUGCAGAGACACUGGAGGAGUGUGCCAGCAAGACACGCAAACAGGGUAUUGAUGCCAUCAACCAGAGUAAGGUGGUGGAGCUGCUGAAGGACGGGGGAGCUGGGGGGGCAGACAGACGACACAGCAGGGAAGGAAUCAACGGGCCGGGGGGACAGAGGGGGGAGAACGAGGGAGACGACUCGGCAGAGUGGAACGGGGACGGUAACGGGUCUCUGCGUCGCAGCGGCUCCUUCGGGAAGAUUCGUGACGCCCUGAGGAGGAGCAGUGAGAUGUUGGUGAAGAAGCUGCAGGGCAGUGGACCACAAGAACCCCGAAACCCAGGGAUGAAGAGAGCCAGCUCGCUCAACUUCCUCAACAAGAGCACCGAGGAGACCACACAGGACGCCACCUCCGGAUUCUCAGAGUGCAGGGGAUUAAGCGCCAGCAACGUGGACCUAUCCAGACGCAGCUCCCUGAUUGGCUAGACAGACACCGGAGGCUGGACUUGGCGGGGGGGGGGGAAGAGCAAGCCCAUCGAGGAGAUGCUGUUUGCAGCUUGGUUUGAUCAAACAAACACACAUAAAAGCUCAAAGCGAGAUCAAACACCGUCACCUGCAGCGUUGUUUUUUAAAGAACACUGAAAAUAAAAAAUCAUCCAGUCGACACGGGCGCCGCUUCGCUGUACAAACCGCCUCCCUCCAACACAAUAGAGAAUAUUUAGAUACACAUUAAUCAGCAUGCUGCUUACUAGAAAGUGGAAUGUCUGCACCUGAACGCCUCAUAGCACCGCAGCCACAUCGUGAUGAGUCCGUCUCUUAGAUCCACUCUCACACUGUCAGAACUUACGUAGGCUAAACUCCGAUUUUCAGCUCAGAGAGAGAGAGAGGCGUCACACUCUGUAUAUUCCACCUGUAGCAUGAAGUAUUAGCUGAUGCUAACAACAUUAUUGAAUCCAUAUCAUAGCUGGUAAGUAAAUGGUACGAUCCACUUUAGAGUAUAAAAACAGAACACAAGCAGACGUUAGCACUAAACAUUUAAACCUCACUUUUUGCCUUCUUGUUUUUAUGUAUAUACAGUUUUAAAUUAUUAUUUCCUGUGACAUUCUUUGUAUAUAGUGCAUAUGUUUUCUCUUUUUGUUUACACUUUACCUGGUUCAUGAAGGCCUCGGAUGAAAAAGAAAACGAUUAUCAGGAGGGGGGAAGACUGGAAAAGAAGGAAAGGAUAGAGGGAAUGAAGGAUAGGAAAGACUUAAGGACAUUUCUAAACGGUCAAAAAUGCUGGUCAAUUCUGUACCUCAGUACAAUCUUAGAACCUGAGCUUAGUAACGCACUUUGAGUUUGAUGGUACUGUCUAAGGUAGCGUCCACUGCGUCCUCUACUGAGCAGGCGUUCUACAAAUAUUCUAUUUUCAAAAUCUUCUGUAGGAGUCCGAGACUAAAAGAUGCAGAAAGAUACCUUCAAAGUAAAUUCACAUAUCACUCCAAACAUCCUGAAUACAACCUCUUCUCUACACCAUGAAGCCAGAUCAAACUCUUUACUCUUUACUUUUGUUUCCACACUUUUACCACAAACACUUUUCGGCAGUCAUGAGCCUGAAUCUUAAUGAGACGCUGUGAACGAGAUGUUUAUACGAGACCUGUUUACAAUCAUUAAACUGGAUACUGCAGACACAAUCAGUGUCAUCUAACAAUACCAGUAACUACCUUCAUCACUGAUUUAAAGCUGAUGCAGCGCGUCGGCUACGUCAUGAUUCCUCUUUGUGAUAUUUUUUUCUUGUUUUCUUCUCUUAAUGUUUCUGAAUGUUUCUCAUCUUGUUUAAAAAAAAGAUCCUCCAUGUUUAGUUUUAUGACGCUGAGCUGGUCGUAAUCAAACGAUUAUGACUGAUGAUAUUGUCCUCUGAAUGUCUUAUUAGUAAACGUUGUUUUUUUUUCCGCUGUCACUUUAAAUGAGAUAAACUGCGAGAUGAUAAUUCAAAUGUAGAAUUGUGUGUCUGUCGUCGGGUCAUUUACACUGGAUCUUAAGUCAAUUUUUUGUGUUUGCUAUGAAGGAGCUACACUUCACCAAAAUGAGAUCGAUACCAAGAGAAGUGUCCGCAGAAUGUACACGUCGUGGUGUGUUCAAAUCACUCUCGGUCGUUUGUGACUUCAAGCGUCAAAAGAAUGCGUUUUUUUCUCGGCUUUCUUUUGUAAGUUGUUCUCGUCUUACUCUUAAAUUUUCUCAAACAAGAAAGCCAGAAAAAGUCAAUUCUUGUCAGCCUGAGUCGGAUUUCAAAAAUGGCGAUACUUGGUGGUGUUAUCGUGCAGUCAUACGGCCACCGAUGGUGCGUUCACACCUUCGCCUGUGUGCCGCCUUUAACCUCAAGUCGCCCUUCUUGGAAUCCCCUUUUGCUGAGGUCACAUUGCUGAGUCGGGAAAAGUGCUUAAAUCUUCAAUCAGCUUCUGAAUGUGCAACGUGGCGCAGCGUUUGGAUAUUAAAGAAGAAAUGUGUUUGAAGGACGAAGGAGUAAAAGUACGUGUGUUAGGAAAAAAAAAGAAAAGAUUUGGAAAGUUGUUUGCAGGAAGGAAAAGUGCUUUAAGUGUCGUUCGCAGCAAAUAAUGUACAGAACUCUCCGACCUUUAUAUGUCUGUGUACUGUAUGUCACUCCAUGCAGCACUCUUAUCUCCACUAUGUAUUGAUGUGUUAAAAAAAAAACUCCUUUUUUUUCCAUUUUGAUUGUUGGUUCCUGAACGCACCACACUGUUAAAAUCAAUCCUUUAAAUCCUAAAUCAACACGUUAUCAACCCUGGGGGGAGUUUUUCUUAAGUGGUGCGUUUCACAAACUCCAUAAAUGUUUGAACAUUUGGUAAACAAAACAAAAAAAUGGAACAGCCGAGAGCAAAAUGAUUGAAAUGUUGAUCAGAUGAAGAUCCAAAGCUUUCAGGAUACACCCCGUUGUUUUUGUCUCUUUCUGUUCAAAUGUUUAUGGAGAUCAAUGAGGGGUCAACGUCGACCGGGAUGAGGGUCUCGUAUUUGUAAUCAUCUAUUGCUGAUGACUUGAUGGAUCAUGUUGUAAAGGGGCCAACCCCGAAUGUGUAUUUUAUCAAAAGUUCAAUAAAAACAAAAAUCCACUUUUCAA